AUGUCCCCCAUCCGCACACAAUGGUCGCGCCUCAUCCGCUUCGUCGCGGCCGAGACGUCCGAAGUUCAUCUGGGUGAACCAGUAGACGCAGCCAUAGACGUCGGUCUGGCGAUGUAUCAGCGUCAGCCAGUCAAGGCGUACGAGAUCGUCGGCUCUGCACUUGACCCCGCAGCACAGGUCACGAAGAACGUGUUGACCGUCAAGCAACUCCUUCCCCCGCUCUCGCGAGAGCAGAUCGGCUCUGUACGCUGCCUCGGUCUGAACUAUGCUGAUCAUGCCGCGGAAGCCAACCUCGCGAAGCCGAACGCGCCCGUUCUGUUCUACAAACCCGCGAGCUCUAUAAUUGGCUCGGGUGCCACCAUCGUCAUUCCCAAGGUCGCGCAGCCCGUGGAUAAGCAUCUUCCGGACUACGAGGUCGAGCUCACAAUUGUGAUCGGCAAGCCGGCCAAGAACGUUUCUGAGCAAGAUGCACUCGACUACGUUCUCGGUUACACUGGCGGUAACGAUACGUCCUUCCGCUUCCACCAGAUGAACAUCUCACAGUGGAGUUACUCCAAGAGUUUCGAUAACACGAAUCCGCUUGGACCGUGCAUCGUUUCUGCGACCAAGAUCCCCGACCCUCAAACGCUAGGGCUCAAGUCGACGCUUAACGGCCAGCUCAUGCAAGACGGCACCACCGCAAAUCAACUCUUUAGCGUCCGCGAGACCGUGUCAUUCCUCUCACAAGGAACAACACUAGCACCCGGAACAAUCAUUCUGACCGGUACUCCGAAGGGCGUCGGCUUCGUCAGGAAACCGCCUGUAUACAUGAAGCACGGCGAUACUAUUCAGACUUGGUUGGGCGGCGGUAUUGGCACGUUGAUUAACCCCGUCGUUGAGGAGGGCAAGGAAGCUAAGCUCUGA